CUCGCACGUGCUAUGUGGAAAGAAGCUUUUCCACUUUGAGACAAACAUAUUCUCCGUCUAUUCCUCCUCUGUGAGACUCUCCAGGGCAAAUUUCUACGCACCGCAUACUUCGACCGGAUUGAGGCAGAUCCACGGAACACCUGUUGUAUAUAUACUAUUGUGCAUAAACAUGGCUUCAUGGGUGGCAACCCCUCCCUCAUACGCUCGGGCACCUUUCCGGCAAGGGAAGCGGGCAACACGGCUGGCCGCCACAUGCAGACCGGUGGCCGUCUGGACACGCCCGACACCGGAUCGCGACGCGGACUUUAUCAAACCCUCUUACAUCCCGCGCCCCGUGGAGCCCAGCAUUACCCAGCCCCGUGAGCAGCCCAUCUACGCACCCACCACACCGGAGUUCCGCCCUGCAGAGCUCCCGGAGAACCCCAAGGAGCUGCCCGAGGCUCCUAAGCUGCCUGAGCGGCGCCCGGAUGACAUCCCUGCGGGCAACCCCAAGGAGAAGCCAACGGAAGGCGCGCCCGACAAGCGUGAGGCGCCCCCUCCCAAGGACCGCGAAGCGGCGCCAAAGAAGUAGCGGACCUCGUGCAUGCAUGGGCAGCGUUUCCCAUGGGUGGGGAACUGUUCCUCGGAAGGCCCAAAGAGUGUAUCUUGUAAUUGUAGCGGGUGGUUACUGGUUAUUUCAUAGGUUUUGGUAAAGUAAGGUUGGUUGGUUGUGACCGGUGUAAGCACCAUGUACUGGCGCUACGUCAACUCUGUUUGACCUACGUCGUUCCUCAUAUUAAUUUGUUAGUUUUGAGAGCCGGGUGGUUUACGAUAAUCUGCGCAAAACUUAAGAGAACACUCCUUGGUGCCCCAACAAUGUGCCUGUCGGCCAUUCACGCGGUGUUUGCCGCUGACAACCCCUAGGUUUUUGCUGCACUUUUUAGCAUGUUG